AUGACAGGAGGCUUCACCAGAGAUCCCAUCAUGAGGCCUCACCACUGGUUCAGCGCCCUGCAUGUGUCCUUCUGGGCAGCGCUGGUUCUCACCUUAAACGCUGGCGGUGAAGAAUCAGACUGUACACCAAUAAUCAACGUACGCCGCAACACGGCCUAUGAGAUCUCCCUUGGACAAGACCUUGUCAUUAACUGCACAGUUGAAUUCUGUAAUAAAUCAGCACCAACAGUGCUCUGGUACAAGCUGGAGGAAAACACAGCUCAACACGUCAAUGUCAGCAGUAGCAGUCACAUUAAAACUGAGUGGAAAGGGGUCAACCAUUCCGAGGGGGUAUCGUUUUUGAAAUUCCAAAAUAUACUCAGCAGCGACUCAGGUCUGUAUCGGUGUCGAGUGGGAAAUGAUGUGGGUCACUCCAUCAACGUCUCUGUCCAUGGUGGUGCUGAACACACAUCGAAUAAUAAUACAAAUAGCAGAACUUCUGAUCCAGAGCCCCUAAAACAUAUGUGGAUGUACGUGUACUCUGCUGCUGGGACCGUGGGAUUCGUCACCAUAGUGAUAGUUUUAACUGUAUCAAUACGAUGCUGCAAAGGGAAACAAAAGAAAGAGACACAAAGUGAAAAUCAGCACGCAGCAAUUCCCAUGGUCGAGACCCACUCCCCACGUGGCAGCCUCCAGCCUUCGCCGAGAGCAAGCCCCUCUGCCCCGCCAGCUUGUCUAUCUGCGCCGAAAGACCCACAACCCGACAAGUUGGCCGAGGGAUCAAGAGAUCAAGUUUACAGCAAGGUGAAGGAAGACAGAAAGAGAAAGAGGAAUGCUGCGGAGGAGGGGACCAGUGUUGUGUACGCGGCACUCAACCAUCGGCUGCCAUCGGGGGCCGCCGCUCGGCCACAGAGGUCGCAGGAGUGUUCGGAAUACGCAGCUAUUCGUGUGAUGUAAACACGCAACAACCACAGGAGAUGUGGUGUAAUGUCAGUCCUGACGUGUGCUCGAGUGAAUUUGGCAGAAGUUAGUGGAACAUUUCAAACUGGUAAAUCACAGAGGAGCUACAACGGCCCUCGUACAGCGAGGAUAAGGUUGUUGUUGCAGCCGGUUUAUCCCCCUCUACACGUGCACAGGUCUUCUCUCUGCUCAAGAUGAAGUUUGUCAGAGCUGUUCUGGGAACGUUGUUGGUUCAUGUACAAUAUGAACGACACGAGAGCAAAAAUUAGGGAAAUGUCAGCAUGUGCACAGGUUCUUUCUCUUCCUGCCGACUGCAUCUCACAUCUCAGUAUCGCUGAAAGUUUGACAAAUCAAGAAAGUUAGAAGAACUUAAAAUAAGAAGUUAUGGAAAUACCCAGAGAGCAUUUUACAGAACUAAGGUUGACUGAUCGAGUAAGAACCAAACCUGUGACUCAAACCUCCGUAUGAAGUAUUCAUGUGUGAUAAUUCGCUACUGAAAACACCCCCCAACUAAUUCACUCUUACUUUUGCCCAGAACCUACAAUGACCACUUUUCUGAAAUAGAAACAUUUCAUAAAAAAUAAACUGCAUUUUCUAAAAUCUUGUCCCGUUUUUAAAGAUUUAACACUUUCAAUCGGAGCCAGUGAACGAGGGCUGAACGUCACAGACAUGAUGAGAAGUCCU